CAAAACACAGAUUUUUCUAUUUUCAGAAAUUUGUACUCGCAGUGAUUUAUAUAGUAAACACGGAACUUUUCUGUGUCAUAAAUAUGGCGAAGGAGAAGCCGUGGUUAAACAGCUUGCUUUUUCUUACAUUUGUAAGUAUCUUUUCGGUAUCAGCGUUUACUUGGAAAGGAUACAAUAUUUUUUAUUUUUAUAAACUAGUGCAUGUAACACGUUGAUUGCUCUUUUCCAUGACUCAAAUUCCUGUUUUUUUUCUUACAGUUUAUCGGACUAUCCUUACAAGCCAAGAAGAAAUAUGAUAGGAGCUCCAUAAUUCAAGUCAACGACAUAAAACCAUUCAAAAAAUUACAAAGAACCCACACCAAUUUACUGGUUUUGUUUGCGCAGAGUGGUAGGUCACAGUUUAUAUGCAAAAAUACAUGUACAGUGAUUGAAUUUCCAAUAAAUUUUCAAUGCAACGUGACCCCUUUUCGUGUAGCUUUUGUAUAAUUGGACUUCUCCUGUUUCGAAGUUUUAUGGAGCACUUUUGCUUCCUUUUAUUUCCUUGUUUUCGCUGGAUAAGGUGAUAUUGAUUUAGCUGUCUUUCAAAAGCAAUUUAUAUUUGCACAUUAUUAUUUGAAUCCGGCGUAGAUGAGAAAAUGCGGUCGAUAUCUAGAAGAUUUUUGACAUUUUAUUUAUUAUCAAAUUAUUCAAGAUGAGGUGCCUUUAUAAAAAAAACAAGUUAAUCUUCAUUGUGAUCUUAAAUCCUUAUUAUUAUGCAUGCAUGAACAUUUUAAUUAGGGUUCUUAUCCAGUAACCCUGGAAACUUACGAAAGGGAAUGGCAUAGGUACUAUAUUCAUUUUGAUUGUUAAUUACAUCAAAUAAAUCAUUGCUGGUUUGCACGUGACGUUACGGCAGCUAUGUUGGUGGUCAAGAACAAAAGCAUUUCUCUCCUCUGGGAACUCAACUACUUUUUCAUGUAAAUUCUUUGAGAAAAAUUUUUAUUGUAUUGACCCCCAACAUGGCCACGCUGUUACGUGGUUGCAAACCAAGAAUAUGUAAACUGUAUUGAAAUAGAUGCAAAUAUGUGGCUGUGAUCCCUCUUGUUUUACCUGAUCAGCCGAAGGGGCAGAGUUUUCAGGUUGGUCAACCUGAAAAUAAUUAUUAUUGUCUCAUUCAACUUUCAAUAUUUCCACAUUUUCACCAAUUUUUAACUAAAUACGAGAGAACGACUGGAGAACUGACAAUUUGACUAACAAUAGAUGACUGUUUAACUGUGACAAUAGAUGGAUCGAAACGCACCAAUUACUGAUUAUGAGUCUUCAUAGCCAAUAACAUCACGGCUUAACUGACAGACGACCAAUAACAUCGCAACAUAAUGACCAAUCAAUAACCAGAGUAUAAUACCAUCAACUGACAUGAUACAACUCACUUUGACUCUGAAGAUGACUACCGCACAGGUUGUCGAAACGUCAGUCACUGUCAACAACAACAGUGCUAUUCAGGACUACGUUCACCUGGACAAUCAAACUCCACCUACUUUUGGAAUUGUUAUUUUCUUUCAAUUUCUUUGUUUGACAAGCGAGUUUAUCUCAAUUGAAUAAAUUUUAAACUAAAUACAUAUUAUGUUUUUCAAUAUUGAUUACUGGACUGACAAACUCAACAAACCAUUAACACCUGGUAAGUAUUUGUGGAAUGUUUAUUGUAUACUGACAAAUACUGGCCAAUGACACGGAAGUUAAGGACUCACAAAACAGGCAACAAAACCACCGCCCAGAGAAGUUAUAGGUGAUUUACAAAAAAGUGUUCUGGGUCUUUAUGCAAGAGUUAACUAUCAAUUUAAGACAGGUGAACUGAAAAAUGUAGAGAAACUGGUGAAGCAAAAAAGUUAAUGAAAGUUGAAGGCAAUUGCCUCAUGUAUAUCUUACAGGUCAAAAUCAUAUUCAGGUUAAAAUUCUUUAACCUAGGGAUGAUUCUUAAUUUUCUUUGUCUCCUAGCCCUAAUUCAUGAUUGAAUAAUAUUUUAUUAGGGCUAGGAGGCAAAGGAAAUAGAAAAACACCCUAGGUCAACAAAUUUUAACCUGAAUAUAAUUUUGACCUUUAACAUGUAUCUUUAUCUUCUAAGGGUGAAUUUACUUCCCAAAUUAACCAAUCAAAGUGCACAUACUAAUUGGGCAUUAGAUUAUGGUCCCGGGGGGGGGGCACUUGGGUAUUUUUUGGGUGGGUAUGUGCCGCCCGGGACUCCAAAUUGGCACCCCGUUCUAGAAAAAAUUUCCCCUAAAAUUGAUACCCCGUUCUAAAAAUGGGCCAAUUUUUUAUACCCGGUUCUAGUAUUCCCCCUAAAACGAUACCCCGUUCUAGAAAUGGGCCAAUUUUUUAUACUCCGUUCUAGGGUGCAACAAGAGUACAACAGUUUGCUUGUUAACGCAUUGAACCAUAUUUUUAAAAGCAAUCUGUCCUUGAAUGCUUUCAAAUGGCUGCUUACAAAAGUGGAGCUUUCGUGCAUUUGAAAUUUUAUACCCCGUUCUAGAAAACGCCUCUGAAAUGGAUACCCCGUUCUAAAUCAGGAGCUUCAAAAUCACGACCCCUUUGGGCGGCACAUACCCGUAUAGGUAAUGUAUGGGAGUACCCCCCCGGGAUUAUGGUACAUCUGUAAUUUAUUACUUUCAUGCAGUGAAUUAUUACCGGGGCCUAGCCGAAGGCUGGCACCGGUCAUAAAAUGCAACGCGUUUCUGUGUUUUCAAAGUUACAUUGUUAGGGAUAUAUCGCUGACUGAGAUAUAUAACUGGCUCGUUACUUUUGGGAGUGUUCGCUGAGAUAUAUCGUUGGUUCAGAAAUUUGAAGUAGGGAGCAACAACUGUAACCAUGUAAAUAUUAAUUCGAUUAGUUUGCGCACGGAAUGGUUUAAUGCGACUAUAUUUACCACUUAUCAAUAAAUGAGGUCCCUGUCUAUUGCAAAAUAUUGUUACAGUGUUCAUCCUAGCGAUGACAAAGCUUGGUCAAUGUAGAACUGUGUACACUACGACAAAGCAAAAAUCUUAACUUAUCAGGGGCACCCAACGGCAAUUUUCGGGAAAAUAUCUGUUCAGAAGACGAUUUGAGAUCUAGCAUUUUCGAAGCAUUUGUUGUAAAAUUUCUUGCUUGCCUGCCUCUCCUAGGAUUUUCGAACAUCUACAAAAUGGUAUAAUUACCCAUUUUUAAAGGAUUUUGACCCUAAAAAAGACCACCUAGAAUUUUCGGGAGCCUUUUCCUGGCUGAAAUUUUCGAGAAGGUAAGUUUUUAUCCCUAUAAUAAUAUUUUCGGAUCACUAGACUUUCAGCUAGGAAAUCCGAACAGAUGAAAAGUUUUUAGGGGAUAAAAAUAUGCCUAUAUCUACAGUUUGAAUACUAAAAUACGUUCAACAAUGCUAUGUUUAAGUGGUUUUGAACUAUAUUCUCGUUGGGUGCCCCUGACUUAUUAAACUUGCACGCGCCAAGCUUUGUUUAUGCGUUUCAGUACCUUACAAUUCACACUCCCAACAGGAAACUUCGUCAAAUAUUUUCCGCCAAACAAGUAAAACUCAUUAGGAGGAAGUCUAUCACUGCUUUGACUUAUGAAGCAACAAAACAAAAUAUUUUCAAAUAACCUUUGUCAUGCAAUAUUCCCUAACAUUUUGCCUUUUCACAUUAUUCUUUACACCUUGUUUUCAUCUCUAAAGAAUAUUUGCAAUAAAAAAGAUGUUCAUGUCGCCCGGCAAACUUGUUGAUGAAAAAGACGUGGGUUGCCAAGACAAAAGUGGCCCGGGUAAAAUUCACGAAGUGAUUCUUGUUCUUAUAAGAACUGCCUGGUAGAAAUGAUUCAAUAAUUUAAACAAUAUUUAUUUCAGAACGUGAUGCUUUAAAAAAGUUUGAUGUUCUAGCAGAAGUUGCAGAAGAAAUGAAGGGUAAAGGUACAAUAGCACAUGUAAAUUGUGGGUAAGUUGUAUGUAUGAGUUGUUGCAUUAAGGGUGUAGCCUGAGAAGACAGCUUGGCAUUUCUCAACAUAGCCUGAGUGCAAGCUCUUCAAGGCUUUGGCCGUUGGGCAAGAAAAGGAAGGAGAGCUUGCAACUAUGUCUCCGAAGUUUGAAUUGUGCCUCCAAUUCCCCUAUUGCUCCCCAUUGACCGAGCUGUCAGAUUUCUGCCAAUCAGCACAAAGUGGAAACAAGUGCGAAUGCGCAUAGUGAUCGCAAAAACAUGAGAAAGAUCACUAAUGUCAUCUUCGCCAAUCAGCAUUUCGCAUCGACUCGAUGCAGAUAUUCAAAUUCCAGAAACAUAGUUGCAGGCUCUCCUUCCUUUUCCCUCCCCGUUGUAAAGCGCCCCAGAGAGCUUGCUCGCAGGCUAUUCUCAAUACCAUUACUGGUUUCGCUGCCAAAUGACAUCUGAGGAACGUUAGCGCAGAUAUUCCAUACUGAUGACAUAUCACUGCCCAGAACUUGGGCCCUGUUAGGAUAAAAUUCUUACAAGUGACAGGGCCUCGAAACAGCAACUUAAGACUUGUUAAAAUGGCAACAAAGGACAUAAAGAUGGCAGGGACAUGGCCUUCUCUUCAAACUGCACAAUAACCGUAUUUGAAAUAAUUUUCAGUCUGUAGAGAGAUUCUUCAGUCUUAAUCUACUCAGUCCUAAACGAUUUCUGACGUACAAAUCCUUCAGCCAAAUCAUGUUGACUUGUUACCAGUCCAAUAACACAUAUUAAAUAAGAAGAAAUAGAGAAAUUCAUCUUUUCUUAGGGAAAGCAAAGAUGCCAAAAAGUUGUGCAAGAAGCUUAAAGUUCCACCUCAACCAGUCGUGUUAAAACAUUACAAGUAAGUGCAAAUCUAGUUAUGCCAUAAUUUCCUUUUUUCUCAGUCUGUUCAUGCAAGUCUCUAUAACAGUUUCAUUUCGCCAGUUUGUCUCUCUGUCAGUUAGUUCAGUACACUGUACAUUUUUUUUUUCUUUUCAGAGAUGGGAACUUCAAUAAAGAUUAUGAUAGGAAAUUUGCAGUAAAGGUGAUUUUUCUUGGUACCAUGUUGUUAUUUUAAGACAUAACUUAAUUGGAAAAAUUUAAGAGUAAUGUUAUUGCAACAUUGUGAUGUAUCUGUUACUGAUCAAAUUUGAUUUAAGUUUAAAACUUUUAAACCUAGGUUGAUUCUCAAUUUUUUUGUUUUAUAGCCGUAGCUUUAUAGGGGAAAAUAGAAAUUGAUUGAUAAUCAACCUAGGUUAAAUCAAAAUUAACCUGAAAUCAAAUUUGAUCUGCAAAAUACAUGCCACAAAAAUUAAUGUCAAAUAAUAAAGAAAGUGGUGGAUUUCAAGGUUGUUAAUUAAUUAGAGAUUUGAGUUUAGAAUAAUUUUUUAUCAGUAGAUGGUGUUCUGUGUGCUUGAUUUUAUGUAAAUUUGCUAAUAAAAUAAUAAUUAUUAUUUGUUUCAGUCAAUGAUAAAUUUUUUAAAUGAUCCCCUGGGUGAGAUGCCAUGGGAAGAGGAAGACGGAACCGAGAAUGUACGGCAUGUCAACAAUAACAUGGUUGGUAAAUCAAGGCUGUGCUAUAAGGAAAAUUAAAGAGAACCCAUGUCAGUGCUCUAAACCAGUAGAAUCUUACGAUCUGUCUGAAAAAAGUAACAUUUUCUAGUAACCCGAGAGCAAGAGUUGGGUGUCAGGGGCCACUGGGUUCUGCUAAUUAAGCACAGCCCUGUAAAUGUGGCCUUGUGAUUGAUGUCUUAGGCUUAAGUCUGGUUACUUGUUAUACCGUAAAUCCUCUAUUAAUCCCCCCGGGGUCUUAAUAGAGACUGGGGGCUUAUUUAAUUCAGAAAAGAUGAUGGUAUUCGCUCAAGAACAAGACGGUUGGAGGUCAUGCAGCCAAGGAUAAGAAUCAAAAUGAAUGUGAACUUCCAGUUGGUAAAACCAUCCUGGAUCAGUCCACAUGAUGUUUUACAGUUGAGAUUUAUUAAUACAGUCUCAUUUAUUUGUGAAGAAUAAUAAGGGGAGGGUGGGGGUUGGGCUUAUUAAUUUUCUUCCCCUGAAAAGGGGGGUGCUUAUUAGAGGGGGGGAGGCUUAAUAGAGGAUUUUCAGUAGUUACUUUCCCUUAAUUUGGAGAAAACUCCCCAGCUUUAAGAAGGACAUCACCCAUUACAAAAAAUUUACUUAUCUACAGGAAAUAGAUUUUCUUUCAACUGGUAUUAUGGGGGUCUAUUUAAGACAGAGAUCUUCCAAACCCUAUUUUAAUUCUAUAGGUGGUUUUAAGUGACCUCUGCAGAAAAGUGGAUUUUUUCUACCCAGCCACUUUUGACUGGAGCUGAAGUAUCCUCAACAAUGAUGAAAGUGAUCUAAGAUAUAUUUUGUAGAGCCACUGGGCCAGUACCUAUUUCCACUAACCCAUUGUUAGGAGCAUGGUGCUUGGGUGCAGCGGCACGUAUUAUACUUUUGCGGUACAAUAAUAUUUGUUUAUAUUUACUUAUUAAUGAAAAAUAAAUUUACAUGACAGAUACAAAUUGAAACUUGACUGUUAAGUUGAUGAGGCAACAACUUUGCCUCUCUCUUAAGGUGCAGGCGUCCAUGGUUAGUCAUGCAACCAAAUAUAGUCACUUGACAGGAGACUAAGCAACACAGGUGCAACAUUGUAGCCCUGGUCCCGGUUAAGGGCCGAGUGCCUUUGGUAAAUCUGGAGGGCAUCCCUUAUCUUUUUUGUAACAAGAUUCUUUCGCCUCGUCAAGAUCCUUGCGCUAUCCAGUGAGAACUUGUGGCCUGUGGCCUUGGUGUGUUCCUGGAUGGCUGAGCUGGUGGGGUAUGUGCUCUCGGAACCGGAAGUGGACACCAAAAGUCCUGGCUGUCUCUCCUGCAUAUUCUUUCCAACCAGGGGCAUAGCCAGCUUUUCUACUGGUUCUAGGCCUGGCUGACUUUCAUUUCCACACAUCCUGAAAAUUGCAUGCAUGACUAAGUAUAUGCACUGACCUCACCAACUCUUUAAGUUCUUAAUCUUUUUAGCUCAACCCGACAGCACGUAAUUUAUUACAAGCCGUAGACGGAUCAAACCAAAACAAUUGUAGGCCUGGACCGACAGGUCUAUGGGCUGGCCAUUGCCCCUGCUUUACACAGUUACUGUGUUUCAAACAGCUACAAAGAGUAUUCAAGCAGAACAGUGUGCAUUCUUACAGCAAGACCUUUAUCAAAGUUUUGAAAGACAAACAGUAACCUCAACUCAACUCAACUCAACACUGUUAUGAACAUAUCUUUAUAAGGUUGAGCCCCUUUCCAUGAUGCCUCGUAUCAGGGUUACCAUGCACCCUCUAACAAUCAUGCUCUAUGGCAGCAGCUAGUAGCCCUUAGGGAUAAGUCCAAUAUAAUACCACAGAAAAAUCAGAGGGUGUAGUUUAUGGUUAAAGGCCCUUCUUAAGUUUAACUUUGCUUCUGUCAUGUAAAUUUAUCUUUUGUAACUAUGAAUCCAGAAAACAAAACUUCCAACCACUAAUUUAAUGUUGUUGUAUAAUGAUAAGGAAAAUAAGCCUUGAUAUAGUCUGUGUACUUUCAACAGGACUUUGAAAAGCUGACAAGAAAAGAAAAAAGACCCAUAAUGGUUAUGUUUUAUGCCCCAUGUAAGUAAAACUUUGAAGGAAACAAUUCAAUUAACAGGUAGUGUUUUCCUUUCUUUCUGUACAUGCUGCCAACACAUUAAGUCAUUUUAAGCAGUACCAUGGCACCAAAGUACAUUGUACUCAAUUGGCUGUUCACUUCAGUUGAAUGGAGUACUGAGCUAGCAAGUCUCUGAGCCUAUGGCCACCGUCCCAUAUGAUAUAAUACAUGCAUUUCUCUCAGCAAACGUUUACCUUUCCGCUGAAGAUACAUUACUAAACUCUAUACAGACCUUUCUACACAAUACUGACAUAUUCUCUGUAACAACUGAGGCUGACGUUUUUAUCUGCAAGUAGUUGAUUCACAAAGUAAAUAGAGACCAUAUAUCUUGAACAGAAGCUAUUUCUUUAAUUGUGGAGGUACGUGAUACAUGUGGGUUCCCAGUUUUUGAUUUGCAAAACCACCCAGCAUUUCUCAGCAUUUAACCAGCUCUUGAUCUACUCUACAUAAAGUCAAAAUGCAUUGUCCAGUUGUGGUAAUUUAAAACAAAAAUUGUGGUUUCAGAAUCUUUUUAAUAUUAAUAUUAGGGUGUGGGGUGUAAGUAUUAUGUAAUUAUUAUAUGUAUAUUUUAAAUAUUAAUAUUAGGGUGUGGGGUGUAAAAUAAUAUUAUGUAAUAAUUUAUUAUAUAUGUAAUUUUUAAAUAUUAAUAUUAGGGUGUGGCUACUGUAAGAAGCUAAAACCAGAAUAUGCUUUGGCAGCAACUGAACUGAAAGGAGAAGCAGUAGGUUUUUAAAAUAAUUAUAUUUCAAUAUUAUUGCCUUCUUGGUCUUAAAUAAGUGUAUAACUAUAAGGAUUGCCAUUGGUACCUCUAUAUACAGGAUAUGUGGGUAUUUGCCUCUGUGAAGGGGAUGGUUUUCAAGCAAUUUAGUGCGGGAUAGGAUAUAGAAAUCAGUGAGUUUGGGUCUACAAUGGAGUAACAUUUUCCUGGAAACUGAUCAAUAAUUAUUGGUUAAAGGUUAUAGUCUACACUAGAGACACCAGGAAUUAACACUCAAAAAAAUAAAAUACAUUUUAAAAUUGCCAAAUCUAAAUUUACUCACAACUCAGUUUAAUAGCAAAGAAAGCAUUGAUUUCAGUUAUUUCUGCAAAAUAGUGACUCUAGGUUAGGGGAAGAUUUUGGGAGCUAGUAUAGAGUGGCAAAAUUCAGCCAAACCAGGUCUGGUAUAGGUUAAUGUUUCUGGGGUUCCAGUGGCACAUCCCCAACCAAAAAUUCAUAAAGAACCUCCCCCAGGGGGAAUUGAUCUCAACAGGAGUUGACAGGGCUGUCAUCAAGAGGCAGGGGCUGCAAUUUCCCCUGGCUACUAAGAACAUGGCCCCUAGCUACUUUCAUAGGAAAAUAGAAGGAAAAUAGAACCAAAAGAAAUUCCUAGCUGUCUGAUUCCCCACGUGCUUGUUGCAUUUACCUGCCUACCUGAAAUCUUAGUGACAGCCCUGAGUUGAGCUCAGUCCUACUACUCAAGCUUAGCUGGUACUGAAUCAGUUGGGCGAACUAGUUGGUAGUCAUGUGUGACCCACCUGGGUCUUUCAUGGUUAUAUUUAGAUGAUGCAAGAAUGCUUUUCCUCCAGUAGAGUUUCUUUUAACAAAAAUCUUGUGUGUGUCUUGUAGAUUAUGGCAGGGAUGGAUGUGGACACAUAUGAAGGAUAUACUGUAAGGGAGAAAUACAACAUCACUGGUUUUCCAACUCUUAUUUAUUUUGAGUAAGGCAACUUGCUAUUUUAAACUCAUUUUUCUGAUAAACUGAUUGAACUCUGACUGCUGGAAAAGAAAAUUCUCCAGUGUAAUCAAUAUUUCUAAAGCAAUGCUUAUAGUAUGCAGUCUCAUUUGGUAUUGUGUGUGUUUCAAUAUUCUAAAUGCACAUUAAUUUUAUCUUAAGAAAUGGUGAAGAAAAGUACCGUUAUGGGGGAAAACAUGAUAAAGACUCUCUUGUGGAGUGGAUGAGAAAGUAAGUUUGAUAUUUUUCCUGUGAACAUUAAUUUUAGUAGGUACCAGUGUUGCAGUGGCUACAUACAGGAUAGGAUUCUUUAUCUCACUGAUUACCAUAGUUCAUAUGUGUAAAGUUUAUGCAUUAGAAACAGAGCAAAUCACUACUAAUUAGCGAGGGUAUUUAAUUCCUAAAUUGAGACUGUUCACCUAUCAGGGAAAAUGAUCACCAAAUCAGAUGGUAAAUUGGCAGCCUCCACCCCACAAACAAUGUUCGACUUGUUUAUCCAAAAGUUUUCCCAAGUUUCAACAUUGUAUAGGGUGGAAAAAGAGAACUGUAUGUGUACUGAAUCACUGUUCCAAGGACCUUUGUCCAGGAUGUAGUAAUUAUCGUUCUUUUUGUGUCUCGAUGUAGUCCUGCUCCUGCCACCCCUCCUCCAAAAGAAGAAGAAUGGAGUGAUGUUCCCAGUGAUGUUGUGCAUCUGUCAGACAGUACUUUUGAUGAUUUUGUUGCCAACAACCCCUCUGUGUUGGUCAUGUUUUAUGCUCCAUGUAAGUACCUUUUGCUAAUAGAGUUCGUACGAUGCAUAUUCUGUGUGUUACAAAAGUUUACCAACCAUCUUGAACAGAGUAUAAAAGAGAUGCCUUCUUCACACCACAAUCAAGGAUGUGGCAUUAAGAACAAAAGAAGCUUCUUUCUUCUCCUUGAUUUGAUGUGUCGUGAAGAGGGGUGGUCUGUAUGUCCCAUUUAUCUUUGUACAAGAUACUGCUGAUUCAUGCUCUAUGAUCCAUGUAAGUAAAAAUGCGAUUUAAAUGUAUUUGCAUGGUCUAUGUUUGCUGUAAGUUCUUAGUGAUUGUAAUAUAAAGCAUGCAUGCAUGUUCUUCAAAAAUACAUACUAUUAAUGACGUCAAUACAAAAACGUUGAGGUACUAUGUUUGGGUUAAAAGAAGUGUUUGACUCUCAUGGAAUGCUAGUAAUGACUCUCACUGCAGUAGCCAAAGCUGCAAGUUGCCAUUAUUAUAUAAUUCCAGAUUUACUUUCAUUGGUUUUUGGUUUCAAUGUCUAAUCAUAGUUGCACUUGAAAUCUUGUGAUGGUCAUUCACUGACGACUUAGUAAUUCUCUUUUUUACUUUUAGGGUGUGGCCACUGUAAGGCUAUGAAGCCUGAAUACACUGAUGCUGCCAAGACUCUUAAGGAUGAACAGGUCUCUUGCAAAGCUUCAUAAACUAUAGGACUGAGCGGCCUUCAUACAGAAUGACUGAGAAUGGCACUGUCUAGUUCAUACUUUCCCCUGGGUUCAGCGCCAUUAGGCAUUAUUUGUUGUGUUACUUUAUCGUAUUGACUAGUGAGCCGCGCGUACUGUGUUACUUUCCUGUUGGCUUUAAGUGUUCACUGUCCAAACUUUUCGCCUGUAUUUUGAGUCUUUACCCAGAACUCCUUUGCUCUGUGGACGUUUCAAGUUCUUGUUGUUACUUUUCCGUCCGUUUUGAUUGGAUUGAGUGUUCUGUUGUUUCCAGUGCCAGAUCCAAAGACCCAGAAAAUUUAUUGACCUUGAAGAUCAUCCCGACCCUUAAAUCUCAGGUCGGAGGCAGGUCUCCAAAAAAAUGUUUUCGGCAAUUUUGAGGGGGGUCAGUUUGGUCUUUGAGUCUUAGGUCUUACGUCUUCGUUUUUAACCACCCCUGAUCCCCUAUCCGCCACUGUUGUCCGAAGAAAUUGUUGAUUUGUAAAGUUUCAGUGCUUUUGCCUCUUUUGACCCUCAGAUGAAAUAACUGGCAAUUCCAUUUUUGUGUUAGAGAUGUAAUAUACCGAGCAUGAGAUGCAGUGUUUCAUCACCAGAUGAAACACCGAGAAGAGAGUUGAAAAUACGACGCGCAGCGGAGUAUUUUUGACGAACUUCGAGGUGUUUCAUCUGGCGAUGAAACACUGUGUCGAAUGCUUGAUAUUACUUCUCAAACAAAAUGAUUUUAGAAGGAUAAAUUAAGGAUGCAAAAAUGAGCAGUUUUUCAUCUGAUUUCCAAACAAUAAUUAAGCGUUAAUUUUCUUUGUAUUUUCUUUAUAAGUUAUUAAUGAGUUUGAGCUGUUUAAGUCGACUGGGACGUUCAAGUCAUCUUGGGUAUGACUUUAACAUCUUUUAAAAAUGGUAAAUAAAACAGACUCUUUUUACGUCUCAUUCCUUAAAUUCGUCCAGUAUAAAAACAGGACGCAGUAUACUGGAACGCAUUUUUGUCCAACUCAAUUAGAAAAGACCGGGAAGAGUCAGUGUUUUGUCUUUUUUGUUGUUGUUGUUUUCGAGAAAACUCUGUUCUUUGUUCAAUGUUGUUUGCAUUUAUGCAUCCUGUUUUUACCUUGACGACUGUAACGUCUUACCCUAGGUGCCAGAGGCUUUUCGUGCGCGGUUUCCGGUUUCGGUCAACUCUUAAAAAGUGACCCGCGCGAAAAGUUUUUUCUCGCGGCUUCGCCGCUCGUGUCUUCGGCCUUUGGCCGACGAAGCUCCUCAUCGCACGCGAGAAAAAACCUCUGGUACCCAGGGCAGUAACGUCUCAGCCGUUAAAUGCGUCUCUAAAGUAAUAACGGCCAAUAGCAUUAUCAUUUCAAAGUGGUAGUCAUCAAGUGUUGUAAAGGCUGACUCAUUCUUGGUGUUUUUUUUGUUAGAUUUCAGGUGUGCUGGCUGCAGUGGAUGCUACCAAGGAGCGAGAUUUAGGAAAAAGAUUUAAAAUUGAGGGAUUUCCAACUGGUAAAUAUCGCCGUGUUUCAAUUCGAUCUUCGUUUAAUGCAAUCACUGAUAUUUUAGUUCCCUUUCGUCACGGUUGCCACAGGUCAGGAAAUGGUUAGAGGAAAAAAAAUUUCUUCAAGGUCAGGGAAAAGUCAGGGAAUUUCACUUCGAGUCGAGGAAAAGUUAAAUCUUUGAAAGAAGUCAGGGAAAAGUGAAAUUUUAAGAGUACAUAUUAAUCUUUUUCUAUUAGACUACUCUUUUUUCUUAGCGCGUCGACCUAAACGCGCGAGACACCCAAAUGACCACACGUGUGACUGAAAGCGCGAGACAGGAGAGGCACGAUAAAAGGGAGACUUUUUUCUUAUCGGGCUGUCGCCCUCGUUUCUCCCGUCUCGCGCGGUGAUCUCGGAACUCUGAUCCUGACCCGGGGGUCAUCCCAUUGGAACACACCCUUAGAUUAGCAAAACAAUAAUUCUGUUCGUGUAUCACGCUUCUUGUGCAUUUCUUUGCCGUCGUUGCUCGACCACGACUUGAAACUGUCUAAUUUUACGUUUUGUGGAGGGCGUGAAAGCAACGCAAUGAUUUUCUACUGAAAAAAACUGUGGAUACAGUCUUUUAGAAGUAGAUUCUAGUAAAAUUCACCAUUAUUUUAUGAAUUGAGUGACAUGGAAUAAGCAUGGAGCGAUGAAUUUUGAAACAACGUGAAUUCACUUUUUGAGGGAAAGUUUUCCCUACCUUCGUCGUCGUCUUCCUUAAGCUCCCUAUUUCUACAGUGAAACCUGUUUAUAACGAAGCCCAAGGGACUGGCAAAAUAUGUUCGCUUUUACGAGGUUUCGUUAUAUCGAGGGUAUUUCCCCUAUAUAUUUUACCAUUACUGGGGAGAACAAUAUCGUUUUUUAUACUUAGGACUUUGUCAUUUGGGGUUUGUUAUUUGCCGUGUUGUAGACAGUCUACUGUGCUGGUAUGACCCAGGUAUUGCUUGUAUGUCCAGCUUCACUGCAGACUCAUCAUAUUCUAAACUUUUUUGAGUUUUUACACACAACUAUUACGGUUAAUCCUCUCUUAAGCUUUCUUGUGUUAGGGGGCUUAAUAGGGAAUUUAGAAUUCGGUCUCUCAGUUAAGAAUAAAAGGGGAGGGAGGGGGGCUUAAAAGACAAGUGGGGGCUUAAUAACUUCUUUCGCUGAAAGGGGGGAUUUUUAGAGAGGGGGGCUUAAUAGAGGAUUUACAGUAAAUUUAAUUUCUUUACUCAGCCAUAUUUCUGUAAAUUAAAUAUCAUUUUUUUUCUGCUUCUCACUUGUUCUUUUCUUUUUUUCUUUCUUGCUGAAAGUGAAAUAUUUCAAGUAAGUAGAUGUUUCGUACUUAGUAUAUUAUAUAUUUAUUACCUGUAACCUGUUGUCACUGAGGAAGAAGGAAAAAGACUUUGUUUUGAUCAUUCUUUUGUUUGAUUUCCACUUACAGGGAUGGCGAAGUUGCUUUUGAUGUUAACGAAAGAUCAGCCGAUAGGAUUGUUGAAUUCAUGAAAGAGUAAGUUAACGUGCUGUUUCUGACAGAACUCUUGGUGUUGGUUUGAUCUCUUGGCUUCUUGUGCGACAUUUUAACUAUGGAUUAAAUCAGUAACAACUAAGUUUGUGAUUAGACUGCCCUCGCACACGUAGCUGCCACAUGGUUGCAUUGAUCACUGUCUCGUUGACAUGCUUGUAAUUGCCCGUUGCUUCACUCAGCUUAGGAACCAUUUUUGACCGUGAUGAAUUUAGAAACAUCUGAUGUUUCAUGGAGCUUUGCUUCAAACUGUAAGAAAUCUUUGAUUGAACUUUUUUUUUUAAACGGAGUUUUAAGAAAAUCGCCAGCAAGUUUUCAUUGCCCACACUUCACUCUUUUCUGUGGAAGAGUUACGACAUUUUAAAUGUUUAUAGUUCCUUAAUUUCGACCACCUAUCUACAAACUUUCACAUUUUUUCGUAAUUUAAUCUGGCAAAUUUGUUCCUGUACUUGUUCUUCAACGAUACGUUCAUGUAGUAUUGUCCAUGACAUUGCACGCAACAGCUUUGGUUCCCCAGAGAGAAAUAGAAGAAUCAACACCCUGAAAGAGUUUUUUAUGCUUAACUUAUUACCCUCUGAUUUGCGAAUGUUUGCUCUUAAUUUCUUCAAGAAUCAUUGAUCAUUUGAAAAGCUAUUAAUAAUAAAAAAAGAAUUGAAAGAACGUUUCAUCCCAUAUCCAAGUUCCUCUAACCCACUUCUUGGUUGGAUAAAACACUCCUCAUUUCUCAUGUUUGACAUAUAACUUUAAUUCCUUUCGAGUCACCCCUUUUUUUCUCUUUGACAUCCUUGGGGCAUCUUCUUUGAGAUUGCCACUAUUCGGACCCCCUAGGAUUUCGCUAAUAUAAUUUGACUGUUCACAGUCCCUUAUUUUUCCGUAAGAUCGCCGAGAUCGAGCGCUUUGCGUUACGGGUGGCCAUCUUUGUUUCAAAUGUACUGAGUGGGCGGGCCUAAGGAUUUUAGCUUGGGCGUCCACCCCCACCCCCCUAGGUAGAUUUGAUACCCUUCCCCAGCUAGCCUCGGUACUUUUGAGAACAAACUGGCGGCCCGUCAGGGUAGAAGCUCGAUCUCGACCCUUUUCGGAAAAAUAAGAAACUGUGAACAGUCUACCUAACAUUUUUCUGAUAUUAUUGACAGAUCAGAAUCUCUCUGUCAAUUUUUUAUUGGUUUGUGUCUGUAUAUUUAGCCCAAAAGAACCCCCUCCCCCACCCCCUCCGGAGAAGGACUGGAGCGAAGUUGCCAGUGAUGUGCAUCACCUUACUGAUGAGACAUUCAAAGGAUUUCUAAAGAAGAAGAAGCAUGUCCUGGUCAUGUUUUAUGCUCCUUGUAAGUGAAGCAGUUUUUAAAGCUGUCGUAUCUGUCCCUUUUCAGACUGUAACGCUGGUUCUCUAUCCAAGUUAGAGAGCUUAAGCUACGACGACGACGACGACUGGGACGAGAACAUAAAAAAAGCAAUAGGUUUUGAUUAGCAAAAUAACAACUUUGCACGUGCCUCAUGCUUUUUUGUACAUUUCUUGGCCGUCGUUGCACGACCAGGACGUGAAACUGCCUAAUUUCAAUUGAGCGGCUAGGGACAUGCGGGCAGAGAUUGAGCUGCGUGUUUCUGGGGGCACUGCCUUAGUACAAGUCUAAGUCCCAAGUGUGCUACUGUAGUUACUUUUUUGUGGGAUUUGCAAAACGCUUAGGUCCAGAGAUGCCUUAUUACCUCACCAUCACAAAAAGUGAAUUACCAAUUGAUGGUACCACAUCCACACCGAGCGCAAAGAAGAAAAAUGUACCAGGGAAAAUGCCUGUUGUUGUCAAUUUUGUGUUUGUACGAAAAGAGUGAUGAAUUAAAUGCAAUGGUGAGGGGAAAGCCUUGUCCCAAAGUUAAAACUGGCAGUUCUGGUAUGUAACGGCCUGUGGUCAAACCGCAGCGAAACUAGCUCAGUUGGUAGAGCGCUUGACAGCGGAGCGGGAGAUUUCAGGUUUGAUACGCGGGGCCCGAAUCCCCGGGGCCGGAUCCCGGUGCUGCUUUUGUCUGCAAACGGCUAAACCUUCGCGAAGCUUGGAUGACCUACGAAAAAAGCGGUGCCGUCUCCACUAGGGUACGUAAGACUAGUGCCCGUAAUUAGUACCCACGUGAUAAAAUACAUUGACGCUCCAGUAAAGUACGUUUCUUUUGGAUCUAAUUUAGGGUGUGGUCAUUGCAAGAAGGCCAAACCGGAAUUUAUGGAUGCUGCUAAGCAUUUUGCAGACAAUAACAAGGUAUGUUUGUAUGUUUUUUUAAAGCUUCUUUGCCAGAGCUUUAACUAGGUAGUAUCUAGAAGGUAGACCAGCUCUCUUAUCUGACCAGCGGACAAAAUGAAACAGACCUUCUAAUCAUACAGACGUACAGUAAUGUUGUAGCUGUCAAAAGCGCUUGGGUCUCUUAUAUUCAUGUUAGGUUCAAGUUACUAUAGAGUGUUUUCACUGGACGUCACGGCGGCCAUAUUGGUGUCCCAAAACAAUGAAACGGCGCCAUGUUGGUGUCCCAAACCAAUCCUUUGGGAGUUGAACUCUUUUCUUAUGUAAACGCUUUCUUUUAUUGCAACAAAUUUGCAUAGAUGCUGACCACGUGAGUGAAAACACUCUAUUACAAAAACCCUCUGAAUAUUGUUUACUCUAGUUACGUUUUUGUAUCUUUUGUUUUAACAGAUUGAAUAUGCUGCAGUUGACUGUACAGUUCAUACAUCUGUUUGCAGCAAAUUUGAUGUUCAAGGGUAUGAUUCUAGUUCCCGUUAUUUUCCGUAUGAUUUACGUGGACACGAGGAUCAAAGAUUUUUUUCGCGCCACUUUUUUCAACCAAUCAAAAAUAAAACAAAAACUAAUCGCGAAUUGCUCACCCGCGUUUUCCCGCGUAAAGAGCUGGCUACAUUCGCUUCGGAAUUUAUUUAUUUAUUUUUUUUUCGCAAUCUGAUUGGUUCAUGUGAUUAUCAGCUUGUGUUUUGAUUGUCAGUGUAAUUAUGUGUACUUUUGUUUUGAUUCAGACGUGCAACCAGAAUAUUAUUUUCAGUAUUUCAUUUUUCAACAAAAAUGUGUUAACUAGAUCUUUCUGGAUCCGGUAGUUUUGUUUUGCUGGUUGACUCCUUGCUGUUACUUUUCGAAAUCACUCUUGUGCCCUUGUCUUUCAGUUACCCAACCUUCCGCUACUUUAACUACGGCAAGAAGGACUUCAAGUAUACUGGGGGUCGGGUGGCUGAAGAUUUUAUUCAGUUUAUGAAGGAUCCCAGUGAAGGUCCCCCGUCCCCACCCCCUGAGCCGGAGUGGAAGGAUAUACCAAGUGCUGUGAACCACUUGACAGAAAACACCUUCGACAUGUUUGUCAGGGAACACGAGUCGGUCCUGGUCAUGUUCUAUGCACCAUGUAAGUUUAAAAGAUAAUUGUGCUUUUGAAAUGAGAUAUGAAGUGAUAUUUUAUGACGCAUCUUAAGUUACGACGACGCCGACGACAGCAAAAACGUCACUUAAAAUGUCAAUUCACGCUCUCCAAAAUUGGAAUUCUUGACGAUGCUAUCUUAAUUCUUGUCUUAAUUCAGAAGAGGUAAAAGGAAAUUGUCAUCUUUGAAAUUAACAAGUUUCACGUCGAAAUUGUUCAGUGACGGUAAAAUAAUGUACCAAAAAAUGUGACUCGUGUGCUAAGUUUAGAAAGCUUUUUCCUUUUUUGAUUUUACCGUUGCCAUUGUCCCUCGUGGUUGCUCAAACCUUCCUAUUACUGUAUACUGAAUUGACCAGUCCAGAAAAUACCAUGACAUACCAUGAUAUUCUUUGUUUUAAAUGGCCCCAAGAGAAACUGAAAACAAUGCUUAUGCAAAAUUUUGGGGUGACAAACAAAGAACAUUAUGGUAUGUUAUGGUAUUUUCUGGAGGGGUCAAUACAACAACUUGAUCUUGUUAUGUCAACUUUUCAGGGUGUGGUCACUGUAAGGCCAUGAAGCCAGCGUACAUGGAUGCCGCACAAGAAUUAGCAAACAAAAAUGUAAAUACCUCGUUUAGACCCAUCUAGAGCUUUUUAAUCAAUUGAAGAAUCACUGGUCAAUUGCCCUUUUCCAAUAACCGCACCUUAAGAUUUCAUUUACAUUCGUGAAAACUAGUCCAACAUGAAAAGACGUCGCCCUGUUUGCGAUUAUAAGUGUUUUUUUUUUCCCAUUUAUCAUGAUUAACGUUUACCACAGGUUACUCUUGUCCUGCACUUUAACAAAACCGAGUGUGAGUUGAGUUGUUAGUAAAGAUAAUUCUUGAGAAUGUUUUGCGAUAAAAAAGUAAUCGUAUGCCCCCAUCUUUGUUGGUAGUUCUCAGUAGGUUUCCUUUCGAAUCCACCUACAUUCUAGUCAUGCGCAUUUUAUUCUUUAAAAUCUUUACAGGCUCGUAGCGUAUUAGCCGCAGUAGAUUGCACAAAGGAGACAUCUCUGGCCAAGAGGUUCGAUAUCGGAGGAUACCCUACACGUAAGCUCAGUCACAGCUCAGUGUAAUUCGGUUUAGCUUUAGUUUCACCCUUGCCUUGGUUGUUUAAUAGUGUGUCUUUGCAAGUGUUCAAAUUAUAUAAACCUAAAAGGUAUUUUAAGUACGCUUUCAGGCUAUUAGAAUUGCUUUUUGAUAGUUGCCAGUUCACUAGUUAAGUUUUAUCGACUUAAGUCUUGGAAUCUUGCAAUGAUUCAGUUAUAAUUAAGCUUUAAUAGUAUUACACCAAUCGUACUGGUGCAGCCUGCAUACUAGUCUCCUUUACAGCCACUGGGGCCGGAGUCGCGAUGCAAUGCUCCCUGUCCCCACCCGUCGGGGCGGGAAGCGUUGCGUGACUGCGGCCCGAGCGGUAGCCUUAGAAAACUGCCGACAUUUUGCGACGCCAGCGACGGUUGCCCAGCGAAAUGACGUCUGAGAAACGAGCGGCGGAGAAAUUCCAUAUUGGUGACGUGUCUUUAUUCAGAUCUAGGCAGUGCUUAUGAUUGGUUGAAGCAAAUUUUCAACCAAUCAGAAGCACCACUAGUGACGCGUCAUCUGUGUGGAAUUUCUGUACUCAUUUCUCAGUUGAAUUCAUUUGGCGGGGAAACCAGUGGUAGCGACGCAAAAUGUCGGCUGUUUUCUCAGGCUACCCGAGCGGCUACAAAGGAGACUACCUGCCUACUAAAUGGUUAGGUUUGUUUUCCUCAUUUCUGACUCAUUCCUUUUUUUCUUUUUUUUUCUUUUGCAAUUGUUUUUUUCACGCGAUUGAAUGGAAAAGUCAAGUACUUCAGGUGAGACGCACUUUCUUUGAUACUUUGUUCUUCAUGUAACAGCUGCCUACAUUAUACAGACCGGUAACAAUGGAUAACAGUAAAAGCCCAUCUUUUUGGUUAUUAGGCCUAGGCCAAACGUCCAACUGUUCAUGAGACGAACCAAAUUCUAAUUUGGGUCGACCUAAAUUAAGUAAAGAUCGUCUGUUGGGUCAGACGUCGAAGUUAGGACACAUCGAACCAAUCAACUGAAUCAGAUUAAAAGAAAUUUUCGUACUGAUUUUCUCCCGAACGGGGCUUAACAUACAUCAUACAACUUUUAAUUAAUUAGUUUAGUUCGUGGCAUGGGAAGAUCGACGUUUGUCCCGGAGACGAUCUUCAGACGCCGUGUAUCCAUCUGCAGCAGACGGAUAGAAUGUGUUGGACUCAACUCAUUCAGACGAACUUAACUGAGCCAGACGUCAAACUUUUCAUGAACUUAACUCACUAAGUUUGGUUCGUCUCAUGAAAAGUUCGCCGUUUAGCCUAGGCCUUACUUGUUCACCGUCGUAAAAACUUGUUAUGUUUUAUUUGGCAGGAAAGGUGAAUUCACUUCUGAGUAUAUGAAAUCCCGGGCAAAGGACGAUAUUGUCGAGUUCAUGUUAUUGUAAGUCUGAUGUUAUUUUUUCUCUGUGUUUAAGAGAGAGCGAUUUUUGCGACAAAACGUACAACAAAAAAAGCAAAUAUGAUCAAAAAGUUAAAUCUUAUUUGUCCUCAUGUUUCUAAGGUGUAUUUCUUGCGAAAGUAUUUACCAUGCCAAAUUUUAAGCCUGUAUAUCUAGGAGACGUCUUGUGAUUUUAAAUUUGAUUUCCUGGUUGGAAUGUCCGCCAUGACUAAUUCUGUUCAAGUCGAGUGGUUGAACAGGGGGUUGGAUCAAAAUUGAGAAUGUGGCCAAUUUAGUUUGCUUCGCGGAAAUUUAAACUUCCCAGACUGCCAAUUCCCAAUUCCCAAUUUUCAUUCUUAUUCACGAUAUGCUUUUCUCAUUUCUGAUUGGCUGAAAAGCUUUGCUUCUGAUCCGAUAUAGCGGACAUUGGCUGAUCACUUUAAAAUUCAGCACAGCGACGCAAAGGGACCGCACUAUAUGUACAUACUGUGACAAAGUUAAACUUUGCAUUUGCCUUUGGUAAUUAUACGGUACUGGUCCUGCUGUAUUUCUGUGGUUAGUAUUAGAUCCCAUCGGCCCAAACCCUCUCGGACACCUCAUGAAGUUUACACAACGUAGGAUUCCUUAUCGCUUCGGUUUCGAGCAUUAGUGAUUACUGACUAGGGUUAAGCACUGACUAGGGUGAUUAGUGUUAAGCCCUGAAAAUAGUGAUAAGGGUUAAGCACUGACAAGGGUGAUUAGUUUUAAGCCCUGAAAAUAGUGAUUAGGGUUAAGCACUGACUCGACAUGGUUAGCUUCCAUUUAGGGUUAGGGUUUUUGCUGUAUAAGUUCAAAUUAAAUCACCUCUAGCCAGCCAAUCCUCAGUGGCCUUCUGGGUAAGGUGGUGGACUGCAGACCCUACACUCCGGGUUCGAUACCCAAUCACGCUCUUCCAAACUUUUUUUCGUUAAAAAUUGAAGAGACUUACACUUUGAUGAAAGCUUGCUGAGCAGAAUUUCAUCUAAUUGUAGCGUGCAAGCAAUAAAGAAUACUACGUUAUGUAAACUUGACUAAGGGACUAAGGGGUUUAGCCCGAUAGGAUCUAGUGCUGGCCCAUUUCUCCCGACUUGUAGAAACUACAUAUCAGUUUUUCAGCGUUAUUAUUUACUUCCUCUUGUAGCUCUGAAGAUUCAGAACCUGCUGCAGCCAAACAAGCUAAACCUGAAAAACCGGUCGAAGUACCGUGGAGUGAGGAAGAUACUGAUGUAGUUCAUUUAACAGAGAACACGUUCAACGAGUUUAUCCAGACGCAUAGUUCGGCUUUAGUUAUGUUUUAUGCUCCAUGUAAGUUUGAAUCCGUCUGUAUUUGUAGGAGACUCUAACCUCAUAUGGCUUAAACUGACAUAUUCUUGAAAUAUAUACCUCAGUGAUUGAAAAAACGUCAUUUGAAAAGUAUAAAACAUGAACGAUGAGGCUUCAAAAAUUUAUGGGUUUACGUUAAUUAGCAAAGCAUUUUUUUUUUUUCAGAAAAUAGUUUACGUUAUCCUGAUUAGCGCGAGUUUGUCGUGCGGAUGGAAACUCCAGUAGUGCUUUGUUUUAGGCAUUGUUUUUUUAACCCGGUACAAAAAAAAUGAGGUCUCAUCCUAUGAUUUUCAACCGUACGUUGGCGACGUGGCUGCGCUCUAGCUAACUAGAGAGAUCUGACUAAGAAACAUUACCCAAACGUUAAGUUGUCGGUUGAUCGCCAAAAAAACUGAAAAACGUCCGAACUUGGUUGGAAUACAUCGGCGCGAGGAGCUCCUGAUAGUGAAAUCUUUUCCGGAAAGAAGUUUGAAUUUGCAAUGAUAAAUCUGUUAGGCCUCGUGGUUCAUGGCUUACGCUUUUCAGGCGACAACGUUUUUUUCAAUCAGAUGUAUAUAUGGAUAUUGUCCAAGAUUUUUGGAAUCAUUAUACGUCACUGGGAAACUGCCCACCUACCCCUCCCCCAGGGCAACAUUUUGCCUUAAGUGAGAACAAGAGAACAUAAAACACUUGUUGAGAAGUAAGUGAUAAUGUUGGCUUAGGGGAGGGGUAGGUAGGCAGUUUCCCAGAAACGAAUAAAGAUUCUUCUGGAAUCAUAUUGACUUAGACGAAGUCGAGGUCGAUAAAAAUGCAGAAAAUAACGAGGCCAGCAUUCAACCGUCUUGUCGCAACUAGCUCGGCCAAUAAGAGAGUGAUUAUAUGGCCAGAAAGAGAACUUUUCUUGCGGGACCAGCCCGUGAAAUCCUGAGCGGGAAGAGGAGGCCCAUCUUGCCCGCUCGGGUAGCCAAUCAGAACACAGGAUCCUCUUCAUCUCACCCGCUUGCCGAUUCUGCCAUUUGAUAUCGUUAUCGUUGCGUGAGUUGUAUGUUGUUCAUCAUAGAUUUACCCCAGAGAUAAUAAUUUGUUAUCUGCCUUGAGAGAGAUGAUGUGGAGUGAAGGGUUUUGCUUGGAGAAACAACGCCACACCGGCGUAAAGCUCCCAUCUUGAAAACUCUCAAGUCCAACCCCCCAAAAAACUUUCCCUUACAUAUGGGGCUCUAUUACUUGUUGGCUCUUCUAUUCCCACCCAAGUCACAUCUUCACUUCUCGAGGGAAUCCUGUCUCGACAAAACUGCAAGAGACCGCUUAUUCCCAUGCUCCUCAUUUACCUCGCCAGCUCGAGAACAAUAUUUCAGUGAAUUAUGCGGAUAAGAAAAAGAGAUUUUAAAGAGAAAAAAAAAUAACAGCCUUUGGCGUGGAGGAAAGGUUCGAUAUUCUGCCGCCCACUUCAAACUUUAAUUUAUUUUCUUUCGUUUCAAAAAGAUAUAUUACUACACUACUUUGCGCUUUUCCUAAGUUUUUGUUGCGAGUUUCCAUAUUGUUUCUAUUGUUUCGCACACGAGGACAAAUUUUGUUGUCUUAUUAAGAAACGGUCCAGAUAAGAACGAUAGCAAUAACGGCAACGAACAUGUUGGAAUGCAAAAAAGGUGCUAACUUUUCUAUUGUCUGUACUUACUUCUGAUUGGCUUAAACAGCAAAAGUUAACAAAACUCCAUAAAGCGGUACAUAGAAUCAUCCUUACUUUCCAACCAUCUUCCAUAUAACAAAAUCUGGUCUCAGUUUGAAUAACAAAGAAAUCCGAUGUGGGGAACAUCUAAAAUUGUAAACUUUUCUUGGCUAUUGUUUUCAACUCUUGUGAUUGAUCAAAAUCUUUUAACACAAAAAAAACACCCUUUCAAAGUGGAGUGUAAAUGCAUUUUAUUGCGUAAACGGCCUUCAUGUAGGUUUAUGCAUUCUCUGUGUAAAAAUGAGAAUAUUCCUAUGUGGGGAAAUCACCUUUGCCGCGUAACAAAAGAAAUUGCUAUCCACCUUACCCGGAUCAUUACUUAACUACUCCUACCCGUUGUUUUGAUUACACUAGGGUGUCCGCACUGCAAAAAGAUUAAACCGGAAUAUUCUUCAGCGGCCAAAAAAGUGAAUACUGAGAACAAGGUAGAAGGCGCUAUGGGUGCUGUGGAUUGUGCUACAGAGACAAACCUGUGUAAAGAACAGGAAGUUAAAGGAUAUCCCACGUGUAAGUACUUUUUUUACUUCCUUUCCAGGCAAACCUUGUUUAGCAGCGGCGUAAGAGCCCGUCACUUUAGGGGUACUCGCCACUUUAGAAUCGAGAAGGAGACUGGAGCCAAAAUGCGCCCCGCAAUUGUUUCUGGGAUCGUUACUGCGGAUGCGCCCAGAAGUCUUUGCAAAAGUUAACUCGGCUCAGUUCCCGUCUCGUCUCGAAAGUGGCGAAUUUUGGCGGUAUACUCCACUGAGUUGAAAUAAGGCUCGGGGUCAAGCAAAAGAAAGGGUGGCGAGGGGGGUAACAGUCAAACGUUAGGGAGCUUAAGCAACGACGACGGCGACGUCAACGAGAACGGCAAAAAAUUAAUAGGUUUUAGAUUGGCAAAACAACAACUUUGCACGUGCAUCACGCUUUUUUGUACAUUUGUUUGCGGUCACUGCACGACUACGACGAGAAAUUGACUAAUUUCACGUUUUGUGGAGGACGUCGGUGAACACAAGACAACGACUUUACUUUUCUUUUCCUGAACUUCGAUAGAGUCUGUUAGAAUUCAACUCCCAAACAAAUUUCCAACAUUUGAGGCACUGAACGAGAUGGAAUGAGAACGAUAAAGUUUGAAGCGGUGCAAAUUCACUUUUUAAAGGGAACCUCUACUUCAACAAAAAGAUAACUUUAAAUCACAGGAAAUAACUGUUACAGUCAAGUCAAUCUAAAAUAUUUUUAAAGAAAGCGUUUGUAUCCGAAAGAAAUAACUUUUAGAUUCGCCUAUUUUUGUUUUCAAAUUUUGCGGGCGUCGCCAUCUUGAAUAAUUGUGACGUGUUAUGGUUGCCCUAUUGUUAUUAAACAAAAGCUCUUUGUGUCAGAACAAUAGAGCAACCGUAACACGUCACAAUUAUUCAAGAUGGCGGCGCCCGCGAAAUUUGAAAGUGAAAAUAAGCGAUUUUAAAAUUGACUUUUCCUGAUAUAAACACUUUUUUUAAGGACAAAUUUCGAACAAAUUUGUUUAUCAACAUAAUUUUAUUCGAUUUGAACUUAUUCUGUAGUAAGAGUGGAGGUUCCCUUUAAGUGACGUUUUCGUAGCCGUCGCCGUGAUUGUUGCUUAAGCUCCCUAUUUACAAACGCCAUUGCUAAUUUUACUUAUUUUUCUCCUUUUUUUCUCCAUUCUUUACAUCUUUCCUGGAUCAGUGAAAUACUACAAGUAAGUAAUACUUGUUAGAAUAGUAAGUAGAGCUCUUGUGAAAAAAGCCUGCAAUUUUCGUUUGCUUACUCAUAUGUAAUAAAUCUUCAUUAAAUUGCUUAGCUUAGCUUUCUGUUUUCUCUCGUGCUGUUUAUUUGGCUGAAAACUUUCGUCUGUUUUAAUUUGUCUAGAAUGUAUUGAUAUGUUAGUGAAGAUAAUUCGAAAUCUUUGGUAAGGCAGAGUCAGACGCUCAUAAAUAAAAAAAAGUUACUAAAUAGAAAAUAAUCAUGUGUAUGAGCUGAUAGCUUAUUACAUGAAAUUUUCGUGACAUGUUUUAUUCGCGAUUUUGCAAAAAUUUUAUAUUUUGAAUCACUUUAAAUUCGCGUGUUUGAGUACAAUAAUUCACAUUUCAUAGGCAAUGUUAUUAAACAUGUCUUUGAAUUAAAUAUAACCACUUUAUUAAAGGAACAAGAACGUCAAAAUUAAGAAAAACCAAGCUGUUCUCACAAUGUUCACAAGCAGUUCGUACUUGUACGUGAAUCAUUUUUCUUAAGUCAAUUGACCGCAACAUCCAUUUACACUGAAAAUUCAUCAGAAAAGUAAAAAACGUGAUUUGUAAACGUUCCAGUGGUAAGAAACUUGCUCUUUCUUGAUUAUGGUGAGUGCGGCAUUUAAUUUUCGCGUGACUUUAAUUUCGCGAUUUCUUUUGUAUCGCGAAAUUCGCGAAAUUAACGUGUCGCGAAAAUUUCAUGUAAUAAGGUACCUAAUUUGGAAUAGAACAUUAUUAUUGUUGUUGUUAUUAUUAUUAUUAUUAUUAUUAUUAUUAUUAUUAUUUGUAAUUUGCAAGUAAGGGAUAAUGUGUUGUAGAGUAUUCAUUAAUGCAGAGUCAACUUCUUGUGCAGAGACGGCGAGUUUGCCUUCAAGUACAAGAAGAGAAAAGCGGAAGAUUUGGUGGCUUUCAUGAAGAAGUGAGAGGCUUGUGUUUAUUCUUUUUUUAAUAGUGGAUAAAAGCCUGAAGUUUGAUCGGGCUCUCUCCCCAACAGAAGGGCGCGCCCCUACCAACUGUGCUAAUCCUGGCUUGUACACAAGAAGUUUUGAACCAGCUUCCCUCGCAGCCUCGUAAUAGCCAAUAAAAAGUAAUUUUUCCCCUAAGCGUCCCAUAACGCAAUUGGAAAUUAAGCCGGACUUUUCUCACUUUUAAUUCUCACUGUUCACAGUCCCCUAUUUUUACGUAAUUUCGCCGAGAUCAACCGCUUUGUGUUACGGGCGGCUGUAGUGUACAGCGGUUGUAUGAGCAAGAGUGCAUAGCGUACAGCGGUUGUACGUGCAGGACAUACGGGAACUGAACAGUGUGAGCGGGCAUAGAGUGAGUGAGUUGACCUUGGUGUCGAGCAGAGCAUCGAGCAUCGUGGAUGAGUGUCAAAUCUUCGUAGGGGUGGGGGAUGGUUUGGGAGGAGGCGAGAAAGUCCCUCUAUUUUUCUCGCACCGCUUCCCCCACCGCUAUAAACCUGAACGUUCGCCCCUUCGGUACCUACUGAUGAAACCAAGAUAGCCGGCCGUACCGGUAAGCGCUCGAUCCUGACGAUUUUACGUAAAAAUAGGGGACUGUGAACAACCUAACGUUUAAUCUCAAAAUGGCCAGUACUUAUGAAACGCAAUUAUUGCAUGUAGGUAAAAUGGUUUACUGUGAACAAUUUUUAGUUGCGACUUAAAUUAUGCAGAAUUCCCCAAAAUGUGGCGUUUCUGCCAAGGGUCUGGGCCCGGCUGCAUCAACCUACACUUAAGUGCCCACUUAAGUAGGUCACUUAAGAAUCCGUUACGGGUACAUUUACGGGUGUUGCAUGGAACGCACUUAGCACUCUCGCAAGUUUCUGUUUUACGUGGUAACUUACGGGCUCGCUUAAAGGGACACGUAACUUUGAUAUAGUACUUCAUUAAUGACUCACUCUUUUUUUUAAAAGCUAACCAUCGGUGAGUGUAAAGCGGAAAGUUCUAAAUCGUUUCGAAAACUUUUAAGCCUCUCAAAAAUAUGAAAUUUGCAUGCAGACGUUAUUUUUCUUUAAUAUCUACUGAAAACUCGGACUGUUCUUCUUUUUUCGCAACGCCGGCUUUGAAGUGUACAUCAGAGGUUAACAAAGCGCAUUAGAACGAAUAACGUGAAAAAAAGAUACUUCUUUUCACUUCUCAGUAAAAGAUCUCGUUAAGUUUAGUAAAAACAGUAACGAUGUAGGUCCCGUAAAUUUACGUGCUAUUUUUCCCGUAAAAAAGGUUUUAUGCAACACCCGCAAUUUCUGUUGCAUAAACGACACUUAAGUGAAAACUUACGAAAAUUGUAAGUGAAACCACUUAAGUGAAUUCCCUAAGUGGACCACUUAAGUAAUUUAAUGCAACUGACAUAAGUUACGAGUGCACGUACGCGUACCCGUACAUGUUACGGGCGUUUUAUGCAACCGGGUCCUGAUGUCGAGCUAAGGACCUGUCUCCUGAAUUUACUGUGUGACCUCUGUAUUGGACUCACUGAAGCUUUUCGCGAAGCGGUUCCAGAGUUAAGCGACCGUGACAAUGACUCCAUAAACCGCCGACUAGUCUUAAUCUUGCUUCGCUUUUCAACAUUGAAAAUAAAAUUGGAAAUUCGCCAUUUGCACAUCUCCCAUAAUACACCUUGUUUGUCCCCAAAAAAAUGCACAACCUUUGUUUUUUCAUUUCUCCUGGGUAUUACAGCCGUCCCAGGACAAAUUCUUAUGCAACAUCUAGGGGAGCUAACAAGAUGUAUUAUGAGAGAUGUUCAAAUGGCGAGUAGAAAAAUAUUAACGCGCAAGUUUCCUUUCCCAGUCCCCAGAAGCCCGCCCCUCCUGCUCCGCCACCCGAUUGGAGUAAGGAGCCUGGGAAAGUGCAGUUCCUCACGGACAAGACCUGGGACUCGUUUAUGGCGGAUCAUUCGUCAGUGCUAGUAAUGAUGUUUGCUCCCUGUAAGUGAGAACCAGAACUUUUUAGCAAUUUCCUUAUUCCUGUCUUUUCCUGUCACGUCAAUUUUGUUCUCUCUUUUCCAGCUAAUCGUAUCUCAUUUCCUUCAUUGAAUUCCAUUUUUCUCCUUUUCAUCCCACUAUUCACAAUUCAACCUUGUCGUCCAUUCCCGUUCAUUCCAUUUCAUCUGACUCAUCUUCUCCCUUCUUUUCAGGGUGUGGUUACUGUCAAUCUAUGAAGCCAAACUACUUCAAAGCUGCGGAGAUUCUCAGUGAAGAAAAUGUAAGUGGUAGUUUGACUCUUUUUCAUUGUGGAAACUUUCCUUUGUUUUCCUUGGCAUUCCUUUUUGGGAAGGACCAUCGCUAUUUUCGUGUACUCCUAGUGGUUUGUAAUUUUCCAGGGUAUCAACUCUCUCUUACACCAUCGAGUUAAUAAGAAAUUUGUUCUUCUAUUGUAGCCGUCUACUUCAUUGGCUGCAGUUGACUGCACAAAAUAUAAAGGGCUUUGUAAACGGUUCGAAGUGCAAGGAUAUCCUACAGGUAAAAAGUUAAUAUCAAAUGUUUUCGUUAGAUAAAUAAACACCAAGAGAUUGCCUCGUUUAUCUAAUCCUCUUGUUUUCCUUUCAUUUUUGUUUGCUUGUCAUUUCUUAAUGGGGAGUGCAGUGAAAUACUUCAAGUAAGUAGCAGUAUUUAUCCUUUUCAGUCUUUGUUAUUGUCGUUUUCGCUGUAACUGUUACCAUUAUUUUCAUUGCUCUUGUUGUCCAAUUAAGCGAAUUCUUUACCUAAUUUAAUUUUCCCUAUUUUGACCUUUUUUUUUAUAGAAAUGGCGAGUUUGUAAAAGAGUAUGAAGGCGAUAGAUCUACGCUUGAUAUAGUCAGCUUCAUGAAAACGUAAGUCAUCUACUUUUUUCUCGACUUAACCAUCUUUUUCAGCGUUUACAUUCUGUUCAAGGUAUCUUUUACAUCAUUUUACCAAUUGAAUCUCUGCAAUCUCCUAGGGAGAGUGAAACUGAAGUCCCCGAAGAAAAAGUAUCUAAAGAGGAAAGCAAAGAAGAACUAACAGAGCCUGAAGGAUUAAAAAUUUUGACAGCUGCAAACUUUGACACAUUCCUGUCUCAGACAGAACACGUGAUAGUCAUGUUCUUCGCUCCAUGUGAGUACAAAGGUCGUAUUUACAAUGAUCUUAGUCCCUGAGUUUAAACCAGUUACAAUUCAGUUACAAUUCAUGUCCCAGACUAGACACGUGAUAGUCAUGUUCUGCGCUCCAUUCAAGUGCAAAGGGCGUAUUUUCUGAUCCCAAUCACUGAUUUUAAACCAGUUACAAUGAAUGUCCCAAACACAACACAUGAUGGUCAUGUUCUUUACUCCGUGUGAGUACAAAGGUCGCAUAGACUGAGAGUUUAAUCCAUAUACAACUUAACUAAACUCAGAUCAAAGUUUCUUUGUUGGCAUGUUUUUUGAUAAUGAGUAUAAUAAUAUUAAGUUUAUGAUUCUGAUUCUGAAUGUGAUUUUGGUAUUAUGAAAAUGAUUUUGGGUACACUUUCGACUAUUGCUCGGUUAGUGAUGGUUGGAGAUACCCUGCGUGACCUAUCUUAUUGCGUUCCACAUUCUUCUUGACUAUUCUUGCCUGACAUGUGUGGUAUAUCCUGCGUGACUUAUUCUGGUUGAGACAUAUUGCGUGACCAAUCCCUAACGACUUGCCGAGCGUGACGAUUCAUGAGACAGGUGUCUUAUUUAAAACAUACCCACACAAACGACUGCAACGUUUUCCGAUUCCAUGCGAUCGAACACCGCUUUGCAACUGAGCUCUGAUAAUGUCUCAGUAUGUAGCAAAAUGGCUCAAUAUGUAGCGAAAUGUCUCAGUUUGCUUUCGUUACUGCAAGCCCCAUUGGUGGAAGCGAAGACCAAACCAAUACUGGUGCGACGUGUCAACUCUGCUCUUGUCAACUGCUGUGGUGUGUUCUUUGUUUUGCCUUGGUACGUGUGAUAUCUUCGUGACCUUUUCUGGUUAUUUACUUAAACAGCCACUCUGAAAAUGUUAUUUCCUUUGCAUUUAGGGUGCGGCCAUUGUCAAAACGCUAAACCCAAAUUUCUAAAAGCUUCUGAGGUUUUUACUGCGGAACCGAACAAAGCUUUCACCGCCGUGGAUUGUACACAGGAUACUGGUAAAUACGUAAUUAAAUUCAAAUGCAAAAUAAUUCAAAACUUUCUGCUUAUUUCAACACCGUCGAACCUUCAUGUGCGACCACCUCUAGUAACAGACAGCCUCCCACAAGAAACCACCUAUCCACAAGACUAAAGUUUUCCAAGUCAAAUUACUAUAGUUGGAACCUCGUAAACGACCACCUCUGGUAAGCGACCGAAACCACUUUUUGAGGAGAUAGUCCCGAGGGAGAGGGGGCUACUCCCUUAUAUUUACCUCAAAGGUAUGUGCCGCCCCAAAGGGUAGGGUUUUUGUGCCGUUUUGGUCUGAAAACGAGUAUAGACUUUGCCUGUUUUAGUCUGAAUUCGGGUAUGGUUUUCGAGGAAAUGCAUGAACAUUUUUUCGUUUCAAUUCCAAAUGAAUAAGAAAGGAAGAGUAAUAUGCGAAUUCGAGGUGGCUUUAAGAAAUCGUUUUGUUUGCGUUCUAAUCUAAGUAAUGAUAACCUACCUGCGUACGCCAGGUCUGAAAACGGGAAUGGAUUAUAGAGGCCAGGGCUGAAAACGGUUGUGGAAAAAGACAAUUUUUUGGUCUGAAAUAGGGUCAGGAUUUGGAGAACCGGGCGGCACACCCCCACCGCAAAUUCCCAGGAGUACCUCCCCGAAGACAGUUUAAACAUUUUGCCUUGUUCUUUAAGUCCCAAUAGUGACCAAGAUCAAUUUUCUCCCAACAAUAUCCAUACACUGUCGAGAGAUAAGUUAUGAGAAUUAACAAGAUGAUCACGCAAGAGAAACUGCUUUGAUCUAUUAUCAAAUUCUCUCAACUAAUUCUUUAAGGAAAUGUAUGGAGAUCAGUUUGGAGAAAUUGUAUUGGAUACUGCGGCUUAAAGGGAUAACUUGUUCUAGGCGAUCAGUUGACGCGUGGUCUGAUCUCUCUGUUAGUUCACUGUAUGUACUGCGCAUGCGCUACUCAUACGUGCGUACGAAGAGCUUUUAAUGACAACACGCAUCGUAAAUUCUCCUUCUCCUUCCCUCGGGACCCCUACUCGGAAAAGACCUCUUGGUUCGAUUCUUCUAAGCGUCCACUGAAACUUCGCAUUUGGAGUGGUCGCUUGCGGAAGGUUCGACUGUAUCGUUCUAUGCAGGCGGUGACAUUUUCUAAUUUACAUUUAAGACUGAAUCCACCAGGAAAUUGAGUAAUUUUAAUUUUUAGUGGACAAAAACCUUUAAGAUUUAAUAGAUGUAAUUCUUUAAUUAUUUUCAAACUGACAUCUUGCGCAUGAUUUUCAGAACUGUACCUGUUUUUCACAAUUCUUGUGAAAUUUGACAUUUAUUUUCUCGGCGACAAACAGGGCGUAAAUGGAUACCCGACCAUCAAUAUGGUUUAAAUUAAUUCAAAAGUUUGGCGCUUUUAUUAAUUUAAUUUCUUGAUGGUGGAUGACGAUGGUGACAGAACAGAACAGGACCAUUGUGUUUGGCGUUUUGUGGUGAUGUGGCGACCUCAGGACUUUGUGUCACCCUCCUCCCCCUCCCCUGAUCAACCUGAGAACGAACCAGACGCCAAGAGAGACGAAUUAUAACUAUCGAAAAUGUAGGUUAGGCUGUUAUGAAAUUUUAGUUCACAUCCCCAAACGGCAGCGAACCGUAGCGUCUUCGCGGCAAGUGCAAUUCUGGGAUACUUUCACGACGUUAAUCGCCAGUUUUUAUCAUGUCGAACUCAUUGCUUGUCAGCUGUUUUCAGUAAAUGUCGUGAUACUUUUGUUGCCAGCCUCUUACGUAGACGCUCUUUUGGUUCGUCAGAAUAUCUUGUAAAGGAUGGUUUUAUGCAUGCGCUUCACCAACCGUUAAAGAAUUUGUCCAUGUAACUACCCAUAGCACGCCAAUUUUGUCUGAAUAGGUUUUAUCUCUUACUCUUUUAGAAUCGACAGAUAUUUCUAAAGGUUCUUUUUGCGAAUUCUAUAUGUUCCAGUUUUUAAUUCAUAAAAACAUCAACCACCUUGAACAAAGUUCGCGAUUAGUGCCAGGACCGUACAAGAAACAAAAUUUUACUCGCAACAUAUACUCACUGUUGGUCUUCAUUAAGUAAUGGGAGCUUUAAGAAGGCUCCCAAAUUAAUAACUUUAUACUAGCUCAACAUAAAAAUUCCCGGGAGAUCUUCUCUCGAAGAAGCCUCGUGCUUAAAUUGAUGGCAGCUCAUUGCUUUCCAGUCAGCAAAUUAAAUUAAAUUUUUACGGCAUGGUCAUACACUGGGUACAGUUGUGAUACAUUCGAUAAAUACUAUUUUCUAAGUGAUAUUUUUGACCGAGUUUUAUCCUGGCGAAAAUCCGCCAUUACAUCUUGUAUUAUUGAUCGAAAUAAAUUAACUCAUAUUGCA